CAAGAACGUCACCCUGGUGUGGAAGAAAAGCCUUAUUGCUGCCCGGACUGCGGGAAGAGCUUUAUUCAUCAGUGCCAUCUCCAAGAGCAUGAGGUCGAUGCUGAGGAGAAGCUGUAUUGCUGCUCACAGUGCGGUGCGAGCUUUAUCCAUGAGUGCUAUCUCCAAGAACAUGAUAUUCCCACGGAAGAGAAACCUUAUUGCUGCUCCGACUGCGGGAAGAGCUUUAUUCACCAGUGCCACCUCCAAGAAGAGCAUAUUGACGCUGAGGAGAAGCCGUAUUGCUGCUCACGGUGCGGGAAGGACUUUGUAAUUCAGGGACGUCUCCUAGAACAUAACAUCGAUGCUGAAGGGAAGCCGUACUGCUUCUCAGGCUGUGGGCCGAGUUUUCUCGAAGAACAUCCGAUUCUCACGGAAAGGAAGCCGUAUUGCUGCUCAGUGUGCGGGAAGGGCUUCACUCAGCUGAUUGACCUCCAGCGUCACCUGCGCAUUCACACCGGAGAGAAACCGUACGCCUGCUCGGAAUGCGGGAAGAGUUUCGCCCAGCAGAGCCAUCUCCAGCAACACCAGCGCAUCCAUACGGGAGAGAAGCCGUACUUCUGCUCGGAGUGUGGAAAGAGUUUCAGCGACAGCAGCAAUUUCCGAAAACACCAGCGCACUCACACGGGAGAGAGGCCCUACGUCUGCGCCGAGUGCGGCCUGAGCUUUAUGGACAGGAGCGCCCUCAUGACGCACCAGCACAAUCACACGGGAGAGAAGCCCUAUUCCUGCACGCAGUGCGGGAAGAGCUUCAAUCGACUGAGCACCCUCCAGCUGCACCAACGCGUUCACACCGGAGAGAAGCCGUACUUCUGCCCGCAGUGCGGGAAGAGCUUCAUCACGGGAGGAACCCUCAAGAACCACCUGCGCACUCACACGGGAGAGAAGCCCUUCCAGUGCUUGUACUGCGGGAGGAGCUUUGCUCAGCAGAGCACCCUCCAGCAACACAUGCGCAUCCACACAGGAGAGAGGCCGUACAACUGUUUGGAGUGCGGGAAGAGCUUUACGCAAUGGAAUCAUCUCCAGCUCCACCAGCGCACUCACACGGGGGAGAGACCCUUCGACUGCUUGCAGUGCGGGAAGAGCUUCACUCAUAAGAACAGUCUGCUACGACACCAGACCGUUCACGCUGGAGAGAGGCCGUAUUAAAGGAGUGCAAUGGUGUUUUAGAGCCACUGUUAGAAAAAUAAAGGUAGCACUUUAUUUGGAGUGGUCCUUUGUAGAGAUUAAGAAACUUUUAACAGAAUAUCAGAAACACAUCAACAUUUUAGUAAAGUAACACUAGUGAAGCAUCUGAAUACACUGAAGUAAAUAUCUUGUAGAUGUUCUGUUGAUACAUUACUUACAUUAAGUAGAUGUGUUGUAAAUAUGUUACUUCUA